UGCUUUUGAAUUCUUUCUGUCCAGUUUCCCGUUUCGCAUUCCGGUUUCCCCAACAAUGCCAUUACAGAAAGUAGAAAGAAAACUAAGAACGAGAUCGAACACCCCCUCGGCCAACCAAAAAAAUUCCCCAGGUACGUUCCUCCUAACUCAGUUUGAGACUUUUCUUAUUCCUCCGGGAAAUCGACAGGUUUCCGUCGUCGAAAUACCCGGACUUUUCAAGUCACAAGACGACCAAAAAGUUGAGAUUGUAGGGUCCGUGCCGGAGAAUGUACCGAGAUGGGAAAAAAUAUUUUUUAAAAAGACUGAAGCGCGUCAUUUAAGCUGGCGGGGAGAAGAGAUUUUGCGGGCUUUCCAGGCGGGGAAGGAUCGUGUAUUCUGCGAUUAAUCUAUAUGUUGAGACGAGUCUUGCGCCAGUGCCUCCGCUUGGCGUUAUAUCUGUGUUGAAAGAAAAGAAAUGUUACCAGUCAGCCAAUAGUUCUCGAUCGCCACCUUUUCUAUACAGCAUUCAUUGCACUCGAGCCCGUGUGUAUUGUUUUCCUUCCAUAUCUUGUCAUAAAACCGGAAAUUUAUCAUGUCUCUGCUCCUG